AACUAAUAGUGAGUUUCCCAGUUUCCCUGGAUCUAGUCGGAAAUUUAUCUGCAUUGACAUUUCAAAAUGGCGGACCAAGAUGCGGCGGUGAGAGAAUUUGUUGCUGUUACAGAUGUGGAUGAGGAGAGGGCCAGGUUUUUCUUGGAAUCAGCUGGUUGGGAUUUACAGCUUGCCCUGGCUAGCUUUUAUGAAGAUGGAGCUGAAGAUGACAUUGUAACCCUGCCUCAACCAGAGAGUGGCUCAGUUUCUCGAUCAGCUGGGCCAAGUGAACAAAACCGCGUGACCUCCUUCAGAGACCUGAUGCAUGAGGAAGAUGAUGAUAGUGAUGAAGAGGAAGGCCAGAGAUUCUUUGCUGGCGGGUCCGAGCGCAGUGGGCAGCAGAUUGUGGGUCCGCCUAAGAAGAAGAGUUCCAAUGAGGUGGUGGAGGACCUGUUCCGGGGGGCUAAGGAGCACGGGGCUGUCCCUGUAGACAAGGCAGGGAAGGGGCUUGGAGAAUCCAGCGGUGCUAAGGCUUUUGUUGGUGGUGGCUACCGGUUGGGGGCUGCCCCUGAGGAAGAGUCCGCCUAUGUGUCAGGAGCACGGAGAUCCGCCAACAGCACACAGAAUGUGAAUGUUGUGCUGAAGCUGUGGAAAACUGGUUUUAGCCUGGAUGAAGGGGAACUGAGGAACUACAGCGAUCCUGGAAAUGCCCUUUUCCUGGAGGCCAUCCGCAGAGGGGAGAUUCCUCUGGAGUUGAGGCAGCGCUCUCGGGGUGGGCAGGUGAACCUGGACAUGGAGGACCACAGGGACGAGGAUUUCUCCAAACCCAAGAUGGCCUUUAGGGCCUUCACUGGGGAAGGCCAGAAACUGGGCAGCGCGACCCCUGAGGUGGUGUCCACUGAGGGGAUUGGAGGUGUCCAACUGGAACAGGCUGCUAAUGAGGCUCAGGCUAGCGCCUCCAUCACCGUUGACACCAGCCAACCAGUAACCAACAUCCAGAUCAGGCUUGCAGAUGGUGGCAGGCUAGUGCAGAAGUUCAACCACACUCACAGGGUGUCGGAUAUCCGUCAGUUUGUGGCCAGCGCGCGCCCUGCGAUGGCCGCCACAGAGUUUGUCCUCAUGACCACCUUCCCCAACAAGGAGCUGACAGAUGAAGGCCAGACGCUCAAAGAUGCUAACCUGCUGAACGCGGUCAUUGUUCAGCGGCUAAAGUGACAGCGUCCCCUUGUGGUUUGGCCCAAUCACAGCAUUCUGAGCUCCCCGCCUGCAGGGGAAUCACUUGGACUUGUGGACUUCUAAUUGCUUUUUUUUUUUUUUCUUCGGUUCUUGGAGGGCAUUGAAGAAGACGUUAAGAGUACGGUAAAGCUGGGGCAGAGGAGGAGUCUGGAGUAUCCUAGGGGUGGAGUGAUGUAGAUGGAAAGGAAAAGAAACUUGAAUGGUUGUGGUGGGUUUGGACGUAAUCGGUGAACACAAAUGAUUUGAUCAAUAAAGAGCUUUCUUAAAGAGUUUGACAGGUAUUUACCUCAAUGAUUGUUAGUCAUCUAAUGCUGCCUCCUUUUCUCCAGAUUGAACCUCCUCACUCAACCUCUCCCUCCCCCCCCACACACACACCACCUUCUCAUUGCUUCUCAUUCCCUCUUUUGCCAGUAGCCUUACUUUAAAAUACCCAGUUUAAGGACACUAACCUCCUCUGUCUUUGUCACCCCAAAAUCAUUGUGGACUCCUGAAGAAGGAAAAAAAAGGGUUGAAAUAUUUGUUUUUAUAUAUAUCAUUUGUUUUGUCUUUACAGGAGUGAGGGUUAUAUUUGCUAAAGCUACCAAAAGGUUAGCUUUUUAUAUGAUGUCACACCAUAUUGUUAAUUCUCUUGCCUAACGACCAUUCUAUUACAAACUUAAACAAUGACUUAAUGAUAGCGCCUUGAGCUGUCAAACGUAGAUGUUACUGUCACGAGAAAAGAUGUGGCAGCCAUCCUAUACUCUAUGCAGCGACCCGCAGUAGAACUGGUGCACUGAGUGGGUGUGUGGAUCUUUGGAAACUUGUGAUUAAAAUCCUUUGUCUGGUGUUGGAGGAA